AUUGCUACAUCGCCGAAACUGCGCCUGCCACACGCACAACGCACCACCACACACUUUCUCUUCACUCGCUCCCUUCUCUACGUCUACCUCAUCGUCCUGGCCAUACCAGUUAAUCUACAUCGAUCAUGAACAGCAUCAUUUAUCUCGUCUAGCAAUUCUGAUUACUUCUUUCUUGCCAUCUGUAUAAUUCUAUUCAGUACCUCGGCAAUUAACCACUCAUCACGUCUCGAAUGUCGACGUUUCCUCUUCAUUGAAACACACGCUCUUUUCAUUACAGGUCGUCGAAUUGUGCCAACCAUUCUAGACUCGAAAUUAUACAAUUUUAACCUUUCGCCGGUCUGGGAACGUCCCGAACACAUGGCACCACGCUCACCAACGCACGCCUUCGACCCAACGCCCGCUCUUGAACACGACCCGUACAAUUUCUCCCCUGUAAAUCUCUCGGGCUCGAUGGACCCAUUGAAAAAUGGCACCUCCAAAGGUGUUCGCUUCUCGGAAACGCCGUCACUCCUUCCUCAAGGCCGUCAUUCUAUAGCCACCACGACCGUCCCAUUACUACCCCCUGUUCCCUCCGCGAGUCAAAUACCGAAGCAUGGUUUUCAGAUGACGAAUCCAACUCCAGAAGUCGACAUUACCGCGUACAUGGAGCAGUGUCGAAUGUUGAACAAUCAGUUGAGAGAGGCGCACGACUGUGAACGAAGAGCGUGGGAUAUAGAGCGGACUGCACUCAAGGCUCGUAUUUCUGAAUUGGAAAGACGUCUGUCAAGAAGCCGGGAUUCCAAGAGGAGGUCGAGCAAUGACUCUUCGGACGCAAGCCUACGGUCAUUCAGAGCAGAGAUCAAGCCUUUGUCACGCACCAGCAAUCGAGCUAGAGCCUCGUCAGACUCAAGCGGUGGAGCACCUCCAAUCUGGCAAGGCCCUGAGGUUCUUCCUCCCGUAACAAGAGUCUUCUCGCACGAAGACACUGCCGGACACCUACCGAGCAUCUCAGAGAACGAACAGUUCCCAUCACUGUCCAAGGAAAUUUCUCCAACCACUCAGAAGGAGGUUGAGAACGUCCCUGUACCCGUUGAGCAGGUAGACAAGACUCUCGACGGCAUCACUCUAAAGUCGGCUGGUUUGGCCUCAACAUUCGACACGGGAAUCACCAGUCCACAGUUUGCUUCGCCUGCUCAUACGCCCUCCCCGCAACCAAAGAGACCUCUCGACGAAAUAUUGCAGGUUGAUGUCAAGUCUCUGCUCUCGCCACUAGAUGAGAAAUUGAAAAGAAAUGCCGGUCACACUCCGAUGGCUUUCGAUGGCACAUUGUCUUCGGGCACUGACAGUACGAACAACUUGACUCCCAAGCAAGAAAACCCUGUAGAGCCAGCACCCACGAAAAGACCGCCUCUUCGGCCUGCAGAAAAUUCCGACUCUUACUUUUCCUUUUCCUCGGCCAUUCCCGAUCCAGUGGAAAAGGCUCAAGAAGCGAUCCCUGAACAAGUUGAGCCCGAACCGCAACAUGAAGCAGAGGAUGAUCCCAGUCUUCAAGGUCCGCUCAUGCUCGACUCCAGUGCCAAGUCAGAGGCGGCAAAUGCGUUCCUCGAAAAAGUCGAUGCCAUGCUUUCAGAAGAAGCGGCUGUGCGUUCAAGAUACGAAACGGCUUUGUCUGAUGACAAUGACGAAAUGAAAAGUGCAGAGGCGUCAGAAAAGCCACACACGCAAGACCCAGAUGACGAACCCAGAUUAAAGAUCAAGCAUACCAUGAAUUUCGGCAGUGCUUGGGGUGGAGAUAUGCCUGGUCGUAUAUGAUCUUGAAGUUUGCACUUCGAGACCAACCAGGGGUUUGUCUGGUUGUUCUGCCCCGUCAUCGGAAUCACCAAAGAUGCGAGUGUGAAGACUUUCACUAUAUUUCGCGGAGGAAGUCAGUGUGGUGAUCCUAGAAAUCUUGCAUAUAGCUUGAAAUUUCGUUUCUUGCGCACUAGCAUUGCAAUCUUGUCGUUGUUCGAUAUGGGUCAAUUCAGAGUCUUUCAACUACGUCGGAAAUAUCCGCGAGUUGAUGAAGAGUCACUGAGAACCCGAAUGAGAGACGUUGGGUCAGAACAACACAAAAUGAGUAUGCCCAACAAUUACUCUUGCAUAUUAUACCCCAGCAGCAGAUAGUCAUUUCCAGGACUUAUGAAUGUCAACUCUUGACGAAAGACCCAAUUGCCCUUCCAGUAUCAAGUCCCAACCUUGUCGGCAUGUGAGGCAAACCUUGAAUGCGAAACUUGACCACG